UCUCCACUUGCUUUAUUCGCUGUCUUGUGUUGGAAGAUAUAGGUGAAAAUAAAAAUACGCAACGGCAUUUUAUUAAAAUCUAAGUAAUUAAAAUGUGCUAUUCAGCCAUCGCCAGUAGUUCAACGGAUACACAAUAACAGAAAUAUAACUAUCAACAUGACGAAUAUGCGGCCACCGAACAAAACCAUCCUCUUAAAAGUAGUUAUACUGGGGGAUGGUGGCGUAGGAAAAUCCUGUCUGAUGAAUCGCUUUGUUUCAAAUCGUUAUGACGAAAACAACUUUCACACAAUUGGCGUUGAAUUCAUGAAUAAAAAUAUUGAUGUAGAUGGCGAAAAAUAUACAUUACAGAUUUGGGAUACUGCUGGUCAGGAGCGUUUUCGCGCACUUCGCACACCUUUCUAUCGUGGCUCUGACGUUUGCAUGCUGUGCUAUGCCGUCGACGAUCGCGAUAGUUUUCGUGGGCUGAAACAAUGGCGUAGUGAAUUCCUCAACUAUGCCGAUGUGAAGGUGGACAAAUUCCCCUUUAUUGUGGUUGGCAAUAAGCUUGACAUGGCGCCAAAAUACCGUCAAGUUAACUACGAAGAAGUGGAGCAAUGGUGCAGCGACAAUGGCAUUAGUAGUCUCAUUGAAACAUCAUCGAAAGCGGCGAGCAACGUAACCGAUGCAUUUGUGUUGGCCGUACGUCAGUGGAAACAUAUGGAGCGCAUAGCCGAAAUUGAAUUACGUCAACAAGGCGAUACUAUCGAUCUAACACGUAGCAUACGCUUAGCACAGAAUCGUUUUUGCUGCACUGGCGGCGGUGGUGGUAGUGGUGGCAGCACAACAUCCGCAGAGGCCGAAUUGGAGGAUGAGUCUAUGCGCAGUGAUAGCCGUCCGUCGCCACUACGUUUUGGCAAGCGAUCUACGGCGGCGACCAGACAGUCGGAAGCAACGAAUUUUCAACUUUAAAUACAAAAAUUAUUUUUGACGCAUGGCAAAUCAAGUUCGUUUUGUUUAAUUUAUGUUUUUUUUUGUAUUUGUCUGACGAACAAAUACGAGUGCGAGUAGAUGUAUGUAUAUGUAGCUGGUUUGAAACCAGUAAACCAGCAAAGAAGACGAAAAACAAUGUAUCUGAUAGACUACACCAAAGGCAGCUAGAAAUGUUGUUGCGAGACGGUAGCGAAUGAAUCAAAAAGGGAUGUUUAACUUUAUGUGUAAUUCUAAAAUUAAAACAAUACAAAAACCAACAACAAGUAAAUGUAUCUUAUAAGCAACUAAGAGAGAAAAAGUUAAUGUAAAAAAUGCUCAAAUUGUUUUGAACAAUUUCUAUCGCGAAACGUAUAUUACUCAUACAAAAUGUUGUACACAUUUGAAAUGGCAAUACAAUCACCCAUAUACGUACAAUAUAUUGCACAUUAUGUAUAUGUGUGUGUGUGCAACAAUAUUCCAUUUAUCUACAAGUAUAUAAUUAUAGCUUAGGUUAAAUAUUUUGCAUUGCAGCAGCCGAAUUGAGUAUUAUCUACAUUUUUUAUUGCUUUUAUUUGGUUUUUAUAAACACACAACGCUUUUAUGUUAAUAUGAAUGCACAAUAAUUGUGGAAUUAAUAUUAUAAAAUAAUAAUAGAAACCUCGAAAUCAAGAAAUUAAGCCGAAUUAGAUUGUGCUGGAAAACAACAAACGAAAGUGUAGCAAACACAGCUUGCCCAGUUAGGUUUCUCGAUAUCCAAUUGACAUUCCGAUAGAUUAUUAAGAAUUGUAACAUUUUUUAAAUUGAUAAAGGGUGUUUUUUUAGCUGCAUGAGAACUAUCGAUAUCGAUAACUAUGAUUUGACAGCUGAGAUUGGCAAACUGUAGGUUGACAUUUCUGUUUAGUAAUAGCCUAAACAGGCAGCGGCGUUAAUCGGGAUUACCGGCGCAGUUAAUUCUGAUAAAAAUUGUAGUGUGACAGAGGGUUGUUACGCGUAUAAGUGAAUAGCUGAUUUGCUUAUUGAAAGUAGGUAGGUAGGUAGGUCUGGUGGGUGCCAAAAUGGCACACUUAGACCUGUCAUAGAUCCAUGGUGAUACCACUGGAACUUUUUUCUUACACCAAGGGAUCCCUUUCAAACCAUCCUGUGGCUUUUAUAAAAGAGUUUAUUGAAUAUUUUUGUUAGUAAAAGAUGGACCGCAGGCAAAAAUUACGAGUGUUAGCUGCCCUGAUACUGAAAAAUGAAAUUUAAAUUGGUCGAGCCAAGGAGCACCAAAAGAUUUGGUGGCUCCUAAGACGCUCAGGCUAAAAAGCUCAUUGUAUUUAAAGCUCUGGAAAAAGGUAGAUAGUCAAGGUGGGAAGGAGAAAAGUAUCAGAGAAAGGGAUAGGAAGGACUAGACACAGAGACAGAGAUAGUUAGUCCUGUGAGAGAUUUCCAGAUUCUUUGGUAAAUCUGUAAAUAUCCUUCACUUUUAGAGAAGGAAUAUUACUCAUUCUCACGACAUCGGAACCCAAAACUCGUAGCCAUGCUCUAGCAAAGGCAGGACAUUCACAAGCAAUACAGGCACACUGGGUCCUCAAUGCUUCUAAUGGUGGUCAUAUGUUGACCCCAUGGGUUGUGUCCUACAAUAAUAUCGGCCAUCAACCGAACGUCUUUCCUUCUAAGUUUUAGUAGAAAAUUUGACAGUUUUCUGUUCGGACUUGUCACAAAACACUUUGCAGUUCUGCAGCGUUCUAGACCGGAUCAUCGCUCUUUAUGUAAAUUGCAUACAUAAUCGCUGAUCCAAUUCACGAAUCAUGAAUUAUUCCUGCUGAACAGAUUCCGAUUAUUGGCUCUGGCCCUUGUGGGAGAACCGCUGAUCCCCGGUUGGCCAAUUCAUCGGCAAUUUCGUUUCCUUGAACACCGGAGUGUACAAGCCUAUUCUGUCUUGCGACAGAAUUAAGCUUCUUCUUACAUUCUUGAACAAUCCUUGUUUCUUGCUUCGCGUUCUCUCAGUGCGGCCUGACUGUCACUGAAAACUCCAAUCUGUUUCCCGCUCCAUCUCCUCUCGAUUAUCCAUUCGGCUACUUUCAGGAUGGCAAAAUCUUCCGUUUGGAAAACAGUUGCCAUUUCCUCCAUAGCAUAGUGAUACUUAUUACUAUCGUUUAAGUAUCAUCCGGCUCCAGACUCUAUUUUAUUAUUGGACCCAUCGGUAAAGAAAAUAUCCGUCAAAUCUCCCUGAAUGCAUUCUGAAUUGCUCCAUUGACAUCAAAUUUCCUUCCAAAAUGAAACUAUGGGUAUCAGGUCGUGUUUAGGUGCCAAAAACAGUGGAUACUGCUAAGAUAGCAACUUAAAGGAAGUUCCGAAGUUCCGUCUUCGUGCCCGAAACCAUAUGGAGUCUACACACGCAGGCCCUGAUACCAAGAAAUAAUUAUUUAUUGAAAAAAAUCUUAAAUUGCCAUUUCUCCAUCUGGUCUGAGAUAUCAAAACAAUUAAUGUAAUUUCGAGCGUGUUGGCAGUGGAAAGGAGCAUUGUAUUCACCCUUUUUUGUUCUUCUCUUAAAAAGAUCAAUUAUGAUUGAAAAUAAAUUGUCGUUCAAGAGGUUAACUGCCAUUUUAUGGAAAUAUUGCCAUCGAAAAUUCCCCUAAUCCGCUAAAUUAAGAGAAUUAAGUCUAGUUGUCAAUCCGCAUUGGUUACACUUAAUUCCCGAGAUAAUUCUGAAUUAAGUCGUUAAUCCAAUUAACGCCUCCACCUGUCUAGGUUAUAAAGUUUGGCAAGUCAUCAUAAAGCGUUUAACGCCAAAAUAACGUUUUAAAUUGUGGAAAUUUAUUUCGAAAAAAGAAAUAUGUUCGCGUAGUUUAUAGAGCACUAACUCCAUUUCUUUCGAAAUGCAUAUAGAGCUGUCGUUACGCUGAAUGGCGAGCGCUAUCGAGCCAUGUUGCCUGAAUUUUUGUUUCUGAAAAUUAAUCAGUAAAACAUUGACGACAUUUGGUUCCAACAGGACGGCGCAACUUGCCUUACAGCGUGCCUAACAAUCGAUUUAUUGCAAUAUUCAAGUCAUCAUGCUGUUCUUGUUGUUGUAGCAGCAUAAACAUUCCCUAUAAAUGCUGCUGGAGUGACAGUUCUUGCCUGGAUAUAAAUCCAGGUCGUUGCGGUAACGUAGGGCCGACUGUCGUGAAGACGUCAAGUCACUAUUGACGCCAUACGGUCAGAUUUUGUGAAAAAAAUUGUCAAAAAUUAAACUGAUCGAAUGGACCACGCAACUCGCAACAGCGGCGAACAUAUGUAUGAUUCAUUUUCCGAAAAAUAAAAGCCAUGAAAUUAUCUAACAGAAUAUAAUAAAAAAAAAUCCAUUCCAACAAUAUUUCUGUUUAUCUGUAUUAUCAUGGCCACCGUAGCUGAAUGUGUUGGUGCGUGACUACCAUUCGGUAGAGUGAAUUCUAGUGUGAUCGAAAAGGUUUUUUUUAAUAGCGGUUGCCUCUCGGCAAGCAAUGGUAAACUAUGAGUGUAUUUCUGCUAUCAAAAAGCUCCUUAUAAAAACCAUUUGUCGUUCGGAGUCGGAUUGAAACUAUAGCUCUUCCUUCCAUUUGUGGGCCAAAAUCAAACGCACGCCCUAAAUAGAAGGAGGAGCUGGGCCAAACACCUAACAGAAGUGUACGCGCCAAUUAUUUAUUUUAUUAUCAUUUUACGUUCUUAAGCUCUUCAAAAAACACCCUUUAAUUUAUAUAGAAAAUUAAAAUUUUAAACUAGCUUAUUUAGCACAGGCUCGAUGUUGUUUUCUAUAAAAACAAAAGUACACAACGUCUCUACAUACACAAUUACGCCCUACUAUAUUUUUCUAGACUAAUUUAUGAAAGAUAAUACACUUUUAUAUUCUAAGUUUAUAAAGCACGCAUAUAUUGAAAUAUUGACAUUUAAUACGUCAAUGAUAUUCCCGGUGAAAUUAUACCAAAUAUUAAUUUUUAAGCUAAACACAAUUUAAUAAUUUUUAUUUGACUCACUAUUGAGUGCCUAAAAAAAUGAUAGUACUUUAAAAGUCGAAUGAGAAAUUUUGCAAUUUUUUGUAAUUGAAAAAUAAUUAAAUUUAAAAUAUUCCUGCACAGCUGUGGCCACUUAGAUCUUAGACACAUUUAAGUGUUUAAUUUUUUAGACGACUUUUGUAUGUGACUUGGCGUAUGGAAAGUUUGAGCUACUAGCAAAUAGUCAUUACUUGCAAUUUUGUUUCUUUUAUAGCAGAAAAUGCUACAUUUUUGAUCGUAUAUAAACUUAGUAUUAUUAUUUUUAUUAAUUUGAUUUUUUUUUAUGAAUUGUGCAAUUAUUCUCUUAGAUCUAAAGCAAAUUAUCAUCACAGAAAAAACGAAUGUAAUAUUUAUAAACCGCUGUAGCCGAAUGGAUUUAUGCAUGAUCGCCAUUCGGUUGACUCGGGCUAGAAACCCACAGUAGGCAUCAAACAUCAAAUGAUAGAAAAAAGUGUUUUCAUAACUAGCGCACCUCUGUAGACAAUGGCAAACCUCCGCGUGUAUUUCUGCCAUGAAAAAGCUGCUCAUAAAAAAUAUAUCUAGCGUUUGGAGUAGGCUUAAAACUGCAGGUCCCUCGAUUUGUGGCCAAACAUUAAGACGCACGCCACAAAUGGAAGGAGGAGUUCGGCCAAACACCCAAAAAGUGUGAAAGCGCCAAUUAUAUACUUGGUUUUGCCAUAAAUUUUGUGACAAAUUUUACAAUGCAUACGGCGAGAAACGAAUUCGCAGAAAAAAAUACCGUUAUUUUUAUUUUUGUUCGUAUGCAUUGUCGACUCAUAAAUUAUACUCAGUUUUGUGGCAAAUUUCGCUUGUUAACUAUGAAGUGGGGAGCUCAGGAAAAUCGCAUUGCAGUGAUUGCAUUACAAAAGUGUGGUAAAAGUGCAGGUGAGAUUUACGAAUUCCUGAAAAAACUUAAUAUUUCGAGAACGUUUUUUGAUCGUUAUUCCCAAACGAUCGACAGAAAAAUAAGUGGCCGUCCUCGCGUGGUUCGAACCAGUGCAGCCAUAAAAGCCGUUUGAGAAAUAAUUCGCAGAAAGCAGAAAAUCAUGUCCAGCGAAAAGAAUGCAUCGAUCAGCUCCAAGUCAAGACUAUUUAGAAAUGAUCUCCACAUGGAAGCCUUCCGUCGCUCAACUGGUCAUCUUUUGACAAUGCGAUUGAAGAAAAUUAGACUCGACAGAUACAAGCAGUUUCUUCGGUGGCACGCGGCCAACGGCCAUGAAAAUAUUCUUUUCACAGAUGAGAAAAUGUUCACUGUUGAAGAAGGUUUUAAUAAGCAAAAUGAUUAAAUCUAUGCUAAAACUUCUAAAGACGCAAAAAAUGUUGUUCCAAGGAUUCAGCGUGGCCUCCGCAAUGGUUUGGUAGGCAGUGUCUUGAAAAGGUGUUACAUCUCUUCAUUUCUGCGAAAACCAGCGUUAAGACAGGAGCAAAAGUGUACCAGGUGAAUGUCUUAAAAGGCGUGGUGAAGCAAUUGAGCAGUACUCUCUUCAAGAGAGAGCGUUGGAUGUUCCACCAAGACUCUUCUCCAGCCUAAAAGUCAAAAAUCACUUAGCAAUGGCUAAAAAACAAAUUUCCUGGGUUCAAAGCCGCAGAAGAUUGGCCGUCUAGUAGACCAGAUCGGAAUCCAUUGGACGACUUCACAGAAAUUUCGAGAGUCUCAAACAAUGUUUGGUUCGAGCAGCAACGUCAAUAUCCAUGGAAACCGUGCGUGCUGCAAUAGUUGAAUUGCCUAAUCGUUUGAAGGAUUGUGGAAAAGCAAAUGGUGACCAUUUCGAAUGAAAAUUAAAAAAAAUAAUAAAACAAACUUCAUUAAGGAGUUAGAGAGGCAGAUGCCCGAAAAAAUGAUGAUUUUCAAUAUAUUUUUUUUUGCUGUCGAUUGCUUUAUUUUACAAAAAUAAAAACAUAGCAUUAAAAAAUCAUGUUUCGACAGAAUUAAAAAAAAAAAUUAAUUAUAAAAGUUAUCGCUGUUUGUGUGGAACCCGUUUCUCCAGAAGUCCCUUGCGGUGAUCCUCUCAAGUCCUUGGAGAUUCAUGUGAAAUCAAUCGGACAAGAGAAAUUAGUUUUAUUUUAUUAAUAGAUAAUCUUGUGCCUGUUCGAAGCUUUUUUUCAAAAUUAACAAUAUGGCGGCCUCAGCAAAUAUUUUUCAGAUUUUCGAAAAAAAAGCGACAAUUAAUCGAAAUUUUUGAAAAAAAAUCCUUCGAUCAGGUACGAGUUUUUUAUGCUUUUCAGAAGCAGUAUAAAUUUUAUUGAAAUCUACCAAGCGGUUUUUAAGUUACAGUGAUCACCAUAAAAAACUGAUGCACCCUGGUGGCCACGAUACAGCGGUGAAAAAUCAUCUGAAAGCAAAAAACCCAAAAAAUUCUUAAUCUAUACUUCAAUGGCUGUCGUCGUACGUUUUAAAAACGGCUAUGUAAGACUGUAGCCAAUACAUGUACA